AUGCAAUUCCUUAUCCGCUUAACUGUGGCCGCUCUGUUGGUCCUCACUGUGCUCUGGGUCGGAUCGCAAGUGAGCAUAGUCCAGCCACAGCAGGAGAUAAUCCCCGAGACGAAUCCGGUGGAGGAUGAAUAUCGAGCGGCCACACCUACCGAUUCUAUACAGCCGGAUAUUGCAGAUAUCUCGCACACUCCUUCAGCCUCGCCUUCUCCUUCAGUCAGCAGGAAGAAGCGUCCGUCGAUAACGGACCUCCUCCCAUCCUACCAGAAGGACACUGCAUCCCCUCAAUGGGCCAUCGACAACAUGCUUGACACGACACAGACACCCAUUGACGGCGUCAUUGUCGUCGGAAGACUCAAAUUCGAGAGACCUGACUGGCUCAUCAAUGAAUUGCCUGACUGGCGCCACGCAAUUUACACGCGCGACGACCGUCGGCACCCCCUCAGCAUCCCCAAGAAUAAAGGCAAAGCCAGCACCGUCUACCUCCAAUACAUCAUCGACCACUACCACCAUCUGCCCGCGACGAUCGUUUUCCUGCACAACCACCGCAAACCAGGUCACACUGAGUUCCGCGACUACGGAAACGUGGCAGCCGUUACUUUUCUCCGACGGGAUUUUGUGCAGAAGAAUGGUUUCGCUAAUCUCCGCUGUACUACUAGCAGUUCUUCCAGUCCAAGUACCGAGUGCGGGAACGUGAUUCGUCCGGUUUCCGAUAGCAAAGAGAGUAGUGCGCAAGCAUCAUCUGUUGAACAGGAGUACCCAACUAUCUGGAAGACGUUUUUCAAUAGCACUGAUGUGCCGGAGAUGAUUGCGACGCCGUAUUGCGGGCAGUUUGCGGUGUCGAGGGAGCAGGUUCGCAAGCGGCCGAGGGAGGAGUAUAUGAGGUAUCAGCAGUGGGUGAUGGAGACGAAGUUGAAGGAUGAGGAGAUCGAGCAGGUGAUGGGGUCAUUGUGGCAUGUUAUUUUUGGGAGGGAGGCUGUAUAUUGUCCUGAUACGGCCAAGUGUUUUGAGGAUGUUUAUGGGUUGUGA